CAACUUUGAGCGCUCAGUAUGGCGGCUCCCGUGGCUUCAGCCGACGCGACAAGUCAAGACGAUGACGACGAAGUCGUUCAGGAGCUGGAUGUAUACAUAUCGAAGGCUCUGGCCAACAGCCUCUACCUCCUUCAGUACCCACACCAGCCGUUCGGCUCCAUCAUCAACGAAGAACAGUGUGUUUCGGCGCGAGUCAAGCCGAAGCAGCACAAGGUGGAGCUGGAGUUUGCCCUCGACACUCGCAACUCCAGCUACGACAGGCUGCGAGGCGAACAGCUCGCGGCCAACGCGGACGGCGGCGGCGACCGGAGCUCUGGUCAAAAGCAAACUUUCAAUAGCUCCAUGAUGGACAGGCAGCUCCUCACGUCGACAAAGUCUAGCAGUUCAGCCGAAGCCUACGCUGUAGGAAUUCUCAGGCCAGGGGAACUUCAUCUGUCUCCGGUCAGUGCCGUCUUGCAGAUGAAUCCGUCGUUUCCCUACCUGGACCAGUCGGACAAGAAGGCCAAGGCAGCCGAAGCAGCCAUGGAAGAGGACGAAGAGGUUGAUGAGCCGAAGGCGGUCACCGUGCGAUUUGCCCACCAGGAGACGGACCGUGCCAAGCGGGCUCGUGAGAAGUCAUUCCGUUUCAUCCACCAGAAGCAAGAAAGCGAGCCGUGGGUGGAGGCAACAUUUCACAACUUUGGGACGGAGUUGUCCGGCGUCGAGCGGGCCAUGCUCAUCUGCCCGCAAAUGGACCGGGACGAGUCGGAGCUUCCCAAGACCCUUCCGGACUACUUCAAGGACCUUGUCGUCGACGACGCUGACACAAAGACUUCCACCAAAGGCUCAAGGGAAGUCUCCAUGCAUAUGCUCAGCAAACUGCCCGUCCAAGACCAAAUCAAGGCAGUCCUCAUGAGUGCCAAAGUUACCAACUUUGCGAAGCUCAUGGCGGCACUGCCACCGAAGUCGGACACGUCGUCAGUCGUGCGAUUCCUGCAGCAGGUGGCGCUGCUCGUGCAAGGCUGUUGGGUCGUCAAGAGCGAUGUCCUCUAUCCAAAGGAUAGCUUCAGCCCCAAGACUGGCGUUCCGGCCGAGACCAUGUCCAGAGCACGUGACUUUCUGAUGUUCCUCUUCACACAGUCGAGGGUUGUUGUGCAGACCAAGUUUUCCGAUACCGUUAGGCUGCCUGUGCUAGAUGUCAAAACUCUCCUGGAGGAUAUGGCGAAGCCGACCCCAGACGGCUGGGAGUUUAUGCUGCCCUACGACCGUGACUUCGUAUCAAGGUAUCCAGAUGUGGUCCAGAGGCAGAAGAUGCUGUGGGAAGCAAAGCAGCAGUUUCUUUCAAAGUCAUUCCGCCUCACACGCCAGGAGGGCCAAGGAAGUCCUAUGCACUUAAUGCAGUCGCCACCAGCCAGCACAAAAGGGAGGCAGCAGAAAAAGCGGGUGCGUUCGCGCACUAAUUCGACGGCCAGCGAUGGCAGCGGGUCGGACAGCGGCACGAUGACCAACGGAAAGGACGCGCCAUCCAAGGUCGGCAGCUCCGGGCCGUCAAAAGCUGCCAGUGCUGCCAAGAGGCUGACUAAAGGGUCUAGAACACCCAACCUAUCAUCGGCAAAAGCAUCCCACUGACAAGUAUUAGCCAUCAUCACGUAUCCUGCACAUCGCCGUCACGGUUUGUACAAACACGGUCUAACCUGCAUCAUCAGUAUCAUCCACAGGAGUGUAAUAUUUUCCUAUUUAUUGAGCGGUUUUCGUUUGGCCAUCGGGAACCUCGCCACUGUUUUUCAAGAAGAGCAUUUCUCCAGGGGAGCGUGCCUCCCCUUUGUCCUCAGAGGAGAGAGAGGGGGGCAAUAAAAAUGAACUGUUUAUUACAACUAUCUGCCUUUUGUUGUUGUUCUGUGUUAUCUCUGUCAAGGGUGUUUUGUGAUAUGGUUAAUCAUAAUAAAUUUCUAUCAGAAAAGAAAAAAAGGCACCCCAUA